AUGGUGCGGCCUAAAGUAAGCAAAGAGAAAAAAGUGAAAGGGGAUCGUUACAAGGGUGUGCGUAUGAGAAAAUGGGGAAAAUGGGUAGCUGAAGUACGGCAACCGAAAAGCCGUGACAGAAUAUGGUUAGGCUCUUACGAUACUGCGGAAGAAGCGGCUAGAGCUUAUGAUGCAGCGGUGGUUUGUUUACGUGGACCGUCCGCGAUGAUUAAUUUCCCGGACGAUCCACCGGUUAUUUCGUGUGAUGGUGAUCAUAAGUUGUUGUCACCUUCGGAAAUUCAAGUGGAGGCAUCGAGACAUGCACGUAGUACUAGAGUUAGUGAAGAAGAGUCUGCUGCAGCUGUUGAUGAUGCCGUAGACCACGGCAGAUCAGCAGCUGUGGAGAGUGUGUUUUUUAGAGAUGAUUUGGAGUUUGAAUGUUCUUCUUUAGAUCAUGGUGAAGUAGUGUUGCAUGAUGAUUUGUUUGAUAGUGCUAGAAUGUGGUCCUUUUGAUGA